GCUUUUGUGGUAGAGUGUUUUUGUGUUAGUAAUUUAUAUUUUUUUGUUAACCUUUAAAUAAUUAACAAUAAUUCUAACAACUGUGGCACUUCCUGAGUAAGAAAACAAACAAAAGCCGCCGAGAAAAUAAUCACAAACAUUUAACAAAAAGGCUUUAACUUUACAAACAGUAGCUAUAGUAAAGAAAUUACAACGAAUGUUACAGCAUCAACAUUAAUUGCAGCAGUAACAAUUACCAGCCGUCAUAUAAAAACCAGCACGAGUUCAAAAUUAAAAAUUUACAUAAAUUAUAUUAUUAAAUUAACAACAAACAUUUACCCCUACACCCCACUCACUACAUUCGAAGUUGUGAAGAAAUAAUAAAAUUACUGCUUUAAAAUGGCCAAGGAGUUACGUACAUUGGGUUGGGAUUAUCUGAUGUUUGUUUUGUUUAUCGCAUUUACUGUCUUCACACCACUAUGGAAACGUUUAUUUGGCAAAAAGAAACAACACAGUAAAGCCGAUUAUGUCUUUGCAACAGGAGGAGUUUCUAUUAUUGCAGUAAUGAUUUCAAUUGCCAGAGGAACACUAGGCGUAAGAACAGUUUUAGGUUAUCCCAGUGAAUUAUUCUAUCGCGGUUCGGGCAUGUGGGAAAUCAUUUAUGGCAUGGCCAGUGCAUAUCCAUUGGUGUGCUUUAUUUUCGUGCCCGUAUAUUUUAAUUUAGGCAUUACCUCAGUUUAUCAGUAUUUAGAUUUAAGAUUUAAAUCACGCAUGGUUCGCUGUUUGGCAUCAUUCACUUAUAUAAUACGUCAGAUAUGUUCACUCGGUGUCACGGUCUAUACACCCAGUGUGGCGCUGUCGACGGUGAUUGGAAUACCGUAUUGGGCAUCCAUUUGUUGUAUGACAACAAUAUGUGUAUUUUUCUCAAUCAAGGGUGGUCUUAAGGCAGCUAUAAAUGCUGAUGUUAUUCAAACUAUCACCGUCAUUAUUGUCUCCAUAGCCAUCAUUAUUAAAGGUACCAUAUUUAGUGGUGGUGCGAAACGAGUUUACGAUAUAAAUCGUAAUGAUGGACGUUUGAGUUUCUUUAACUUUACCGGUGAUAUGACGGUAAGAGUCGAUACAACUUCUGCUUGGUUGGGUCAAUUGUUCGUAUCGCUAUCGCAGUUUGGAUGCCAGCAGAACUUUAUGCAACGUUAUGUUAGCUUGAAGUCACUGAAGGAAGUAAAAUAUGCCAUGAUGUCCAACAUACCAAUCAUCUUUGUAUUUUUCUCCUUGUCCUGGUUAACUGGUUUGGUUAUAUACUCCUCUUAUUCCGAGUGUGAUCCCCUUAAAGAAGGUUAUAUCAAUAAGGCUGAUGAAAUUUUACCAUUUUAUGUUGAAGAUCAAUUGGCCAUAAUACCGGGCUUUGUAGGAAUAUUCAUGGCCACAUUAUUCAAUGGCGCUUUAUGCAUGAUGGUCUCCAAUUUAAACUCUUUGGCCACCGUAAUAUCAGAAGACUUUUUGACAUUGGUGCCUAAAUUUAAGAAUUUACCCGAUAAACAACAAUUGAAUGUCAUCAAAACAGUGACUGUAAUAUGCGGCAUCAUCAUAAUGGGGGUGGCAUUUUGUGUGGGUUUGUUGUCGGGUGUAAUUGAAUCAUCAAUGAUUGCAUUUUCAGCAACAUCCGGUCCAUUGUUGGGUUGCUUCAUUUUAGCCAUGUUGGUGCCAAUUGCUAAUUGGAAGGGUACUUCCGCUGGCAUGAUUACAGCAUGUGCCGUUGUAUUGUGGAUUAUUACCGGCUCCUCAACCGUUGAUAAAAGUGCAAGUUAUGAAUUUCUACCAACAUCUACUGAGGGCUGCUCGAAUUUCACGUUUUCCCAAUCAAUACAUAAACCCAGCGAAGAAGAAUUCUCAUUUUUACCCACUUCAUCGUCGUGGUUAAUGCAACAUACAGCCAGCAGCAAUGGCAUUGGUGGAGACAGUGGCAUGAAUACCAAUUACACCAAGUUAAAUGAUACGUUGAUGUCGUUGUGGGCUACAAAUAAUACGGCUGGUUUAGGAGCAGGAUCAACAACAGCAGCUGUUGAAGAACGCACACCAUUGCAGUACAUGUAUUCCAUUAGCUAUAUGUAUUACAGUCUCAUAGGCACAUCGCUGACAGUGCUUAUUGGUAUCAUAGGUAGUUAUUUGACACAAGACCCUAAGGACUCUUACAAUGCGAAAUUACUGCAUCCACUUGUGUUUAAAUUUUACCAACGUUUCACGGGUGAAAAACCCUACUAUGUCAAGGAGAUCGAAAAUAUUGCUGUUGGCUCAAAUGGCAACAUUAGCAGCGGUGGUGGUGGCAGUGGUGCCAAAAUUAAUCAUGCUUUUGAGGCUCAAAAUGAAGCCAAUAUUAUAAUUGGUGUUGGCAAAACUGACAAAGAGAAAAAUCCCAUGGAAGCUGUUUUCACAAAAUCCUUCCCAGCACAUGCAGCUGCAGUAGGAAUUGCAACAACAACUGCCUCUCCAAUUACAACAAGUACAACUAAUGCAUCUGUGGCAAAUGUAAAUUGUAAUUCAGCAAUAGAAAUGCCAAAAAUACAAAAUAUUUUUUCAUCGCCCUCAUCAGAUAAUACAUUGACAACAAACGAUGUCACUGGGUCAUAUCGUCAAAUUACAGAAAUGGAAAACGUAUGAUUAAUAACAGCUAAAAACAAUAUUGUUUAAAUGAAUCUCUUUUUUAUAAAACAAAAAAAAAAAAAACAAAAAAAAUCAUAAAGCAAAAAAGAAAUACCAUUAAAUAAUAGUGACUUAAGCAGAUUUACUUAAUAUGUAUGUACGAAAAUUAUGAUAUUUUUUAUGUAGUUUAUUUGUUAAGAAUGCUAAAUAUGUAAGCAAUUUAAAAAUAUACACCUAUUUUUUUAAAGUUACACUUAUUUAUUGAAUGAAAAAAAAAAUACACAAACAAUUUACAGUCUCCAAAUAAAAUUUGACAUGUCGCACGGCAAAUACUAAGAAGCUGUUAGAUGCUGACAUGUCUUCAGUUUACGUGUCUUUACUUAGUACGUAAGUUUUGUAGGCACACAAUAUUGAAAAACUAAUACUAAUAACACAGUGCAACAGUCAUUCUGGCGGGAUGAGAAAUUCCAAGUCAGGGUGAAAGUAAUUGGCCAGUAUGGUUAAACCUCCAACACCUUCUUUUAUAUUUUGUCCUUAUCUUGAUGUUUGUUGUUUUCUAGUUUAGUGGCAAUUGAAUUUGUUGCCAUUUGAAUGAUUCGGUUGCACACAUAAAAUUUUUCGGUUCUAGCUACAGAAAACCAGUUAAUAAAGAAGAAUUUCGGUUAAAGUAACCAAACUUUUGUUACCCCUUCGAACAUUUUUUAAAUAUAUGUAAAAAAAACAGUUGGAGUGAUUUUAUCGAAUGAAAUCUUAAUUUUUCCCCAUUUUAUCAUAAAUUUUCGCCAAUAACUCCAAAUUUCUGGCUAUCAAAGAAAAGAAAAAAAAUUCUCUUUGAAAAAUAACGUCUUUACUCGAGUUCUCUAAAUUGUAACUAUAAAAAAAUUUGUUUCUUUCUUGGUUUUCAUUGCUGAGUUUUGAAUAUGCAAAUAGGCAAUAUGCAAAAGUUUCUACAUCAUUCACAACGAAUAAAGUUUGAGUGUUGCCUGACGACUUCGUUAAGCAUAUUGCCCUAGUACUUUCUCCUCGACUUGGAAUUUCUCACCACCCAGCCAAUGACACUGAAAAUGUUCCACAGUGUAAUUGAAAACACAAAUAUAAUAUUAAACUCAAUUUUAGUUUUAAGUGAGUGACGAUAAAGACACUGUGAUCAUAAUACAUGUAUAAUCUAAUGUAUUUGUUUUUUUUUAAGAAAUUAUAUGUAAAGAAAAAGACAACUGGGAAAACAAGUAGUAAGGAUAUUCACAAAUGAGCAUGCAUAUGUAUAUACAUCCAUACAGACAUAUUCAUUCAUAUUAAACAAAAACAAGUAUAUGUACAACUAUGAUAUAUGUAUGUAUGUAUGUAUGUAUGUAUGUAUGUUAGAGCAAUUUAUAAAGAGAAUUGGCAAAAUGUUAGUUUAUUUUUAUUAAUCACUUUAAAUGUGAUCUGUAUAAUUGUUGUGAAUAUCCAUAAAAAUUACAAAAAUAUAUUUUUUUAGAAUGUAUUUCUUAAAUUUAUAUACAAAAGUACAGAGUACAAUAUAAGCUUAACUUUAAACAUUUAUUAAUGAAAAUAAAUAAUAAAAUCCUAUUAAAAUAAGUAAACAAAGAAA